UGCAGUUUUACGUCUGCUGUUUCUACUUAAACUCUGGAUUUAAUGACGCUUUUAAUGAUGUUUCCUUUAGUUUUUGCAGUUUAGCGCCUCCUGUGGCUCGGAUUAUCCACCCAUCCCUCCUCGCUCUCUCUUUCUCUCUGCGUCUCUGUCUCUCAGCCUCACUCUUCCUCUCCAUCCCUCCUCCAGCAGCAGCUUCUCCUCUGACAUGGAGAGCUGGUAGAAGCGCAGCGGCGGCGGCGGCUCUCCCCUCCUCGCUCCGAUGGAUGUUGGAUGUACCAUGCGGUCACCGCGGCUCUGGGCAGCUCUGUGCCUCCUCCUCCUCACCGCCUCUUGCCGGCUGUGCUCGGCCACCCGACACGGUUGCUUGUUUGAGAAGAAGCUGUGUCCCAGAGAUCAGCUGUGCAAUGAUGAUGGUUUGUUUGGACAGUGCCAGGCUCCUCAUCAGGAACCCGUCCAGUAUCAGGUGUCUGUACCCGUCCUGCACAAACUGCAGGAAGUCCUCAAAGACCUGAUGGUUCAGGGUCUUAACUGGAAGGACGACAUGACCCAGGCAAUCAUCAGCCGAGAGCUGAGCCAAGUUCCCACCGUUGAAACCCACUCUAAACUUAAUGAGAAGUCACCCAAACUGUCCUCCAGGUUGCUGGGCCCCAGUCCACAGAGGGAUCAGGGUCCUGAAGAUCAAGCUGACCCCAAGAUGAUGCAGCAGUAUGUGGACUACAUGGUCCUCAACCCCUCCCGGUCUUCUGUCCACAUGCAGACACCCCUGCUGGACCCAUACACCUACCACAAGCAGUACGGCUACCAGGAGGAGGAGGAGCGCUCCCUCAACUCUCUGGAUGAUAACCCGGCCCUCCCGCUCCAUCCCUCCUCCUAUCGCUCCAGAUCUCGAGGAAGUCCUCUGGACCGAGACCGGCAGCUCCUCCAGGAUCUAGUGUCCUUUUACCUCACUUCUCCUUCCUCCUCUUCUUCUUCCUCUUCCUCACCUGUUCAGUCUCUUCCCCGCCACAGAGGAGCAGUAGCAGCAGCAGCUGGCCUCCCAUCCUCACUGUCCUCCUCAUCUUCUUCCUCCUUUUUCCCGGAGCUGGACUUCCCUCUGGACUAUGGUGAGGACUACGUUUCCCAGGUUGCACAGCAGGACCCAGCAGAGAAGAAGGCACAGGAUGAGUACGAUGCCCUGUCAGAACUGGAUGAGCGUUCACUGCAGAGACUGGCUCUGCUGCUCGAUCACUACGGUCUCGACAUGAAGGACUUGUCCCCCGAACAGAAAGAAGAUCUGCCCGCUGCUCUGAAGCAGUUGCAGCUGGAGAGCUCCUACGCCCAAAAGGAAUCCAAAGAUAAAUACGGGAACAAUGCUGCUACAGGAAAGAAGGUCUCAGAGGGCUCAAUGGCCUAUAAAAUGUCUGCCCAGGAGGCUCCACCCUCCAACGCCAAGCCUCCGACACCAGAGGGAGUCCAGAAAGAGGCAACACCCACCACAACAGUCAAUCAGGACAAACUGGGGAAGAAGGAUCCAGUAGGUCAGGUGGACGAAUUUGGCUACAUCGUCACCAAUCAGAGCCCCCUCAGUCUGAACGACGGGGUGCGACUGCUGGAGCUGCUGUCGGAGAGGAUCGGCCUCUCCACCAACUCCUUCAUCAGAAUCAGUGUGGUCGGACCUGCAAUCACCUUCAGGAUCAGACCCAAUGCCAAGAACCUGACAGCCGCAGAUGUGGCCGACAAAGCUGUUGCAGAGAAGAACUUCCUGGAGUCUGAGACGGGCUUGAAGGUGCUGCAGAGCGGUGUUGGAGAGAAGAAUAAUGGGAAGUCUUUGCCCUUGGCGACCAGAGUCCAGCCCCGCUCCCGCUGGGUGUUUGCAAUGCUGGUGGCCAUGGCCUGCAUCGGCGGCAUCCUGGUGGCGGCCAUGACCAUCACCUGCCUGCGCCACCAUGCACACCGACUGGCGGCAAAGAAGUUGGGUCUGGGACCAGAAGGAGGCAGCUUCAGCCACCAGGAGUACCAGGACCUGUGUCGCCAGCAUAUGGCCUCCAAAGGUGCCUUUGGACGCCUUGAAGCUGCCGCCCUAGGUGCUGUGGGAGGAGCAAGUGGAGGAGCAAGUGGAGGAAGUGGAGGAGGAGGUGGAGGAAGUGUUGCGGGAGGUGCAGUGGGAGGCGGAGGUACAGACUCGAGGGUGAGCAGCGUUUCAUCCCAGUUCAGCGACGGCGCCCAGCCAAGCCCCAGCUCCCAUAGCAGCACGCCCUCCUGGUGUGAGGAGCCAGCUCAGGCCAACAUGGACAUCUCUACUGGUCACAUGAUACUGGCUUACAUGGAGGACCACUUAAGGAACAAGGACAGGCUGCUGAAGGAGUGGGAGGCUCUGUGUUCCUACCAGGCCGAACCCAGCGCUGUCUCCGUGGCUCAGAGCGACACCAACGUGAAGAAGAAUCGCUGUCCUGACUCGGUGCCCUAUGACCACGCAAGGGUGAAGCUGAAGGCAGAGAUCAACCCUUCGCGGUCAGACUACAUCAAUGCCAGCACUAUAAUCGAGCACGAUCCCCGUAUGCCGGCCUACAUUGCCACCCAGGGCCCUCUGUCUCACACCAUCUCUGACUUCUGGCAGAUGGUGUGGGAGAAUGGAUGCACUGUGAUCGUGAUGAUGACAGCUCUGGUGGAGGAUGGAGAGAAACAGUGUGACCGCUACUGGCCUGAUGAAGGCUCGUCCCUCUACCAUAUCUAUGAGGUGAACCUGGUGUCGGAGCACAUCUGGUGUAACGACUUCCUGGUUCGAAGUUUCUACCUAAAGAACGUGCAGACGCAAGAGACCCGGACGCUCACUCAGUUUCACUUCCUCAGCUGGCCAGCUCAGGGCAUCCCUACCUCCACACGCCCCUUGCUGGACUUCCGCAGGAAGGUGAAUAAGUGCUACAGAGGACGAUCCUGCCCCAUCAUCGUGCACUGCAGUGAUGGUACAGGACGGACCGGGACUUACAUACUGAUUGAUAUGGUUCUGAAUCGCAUGGCUAAAGGCGUGAAAGAGAUAGACAUCGCUGCUACACUGGAGCAUGUCCGAGAUCAGAGGCCUGGGAUGGUCCGCACCAAGGACCAGUUUGAGUUUGCACUGACUGCAGUUGCUGAGGAGGUGAAUGCCAUUCUCAAAGCUCUGCCCCAGUGAAACCAGUAUCGAGCAGGGCUCUGAUGAACGGACCCCAACGACUUGACCCACGCGCUUGACUUGUAACCUACCUUUCUCUUUCUGUCUACUGACAAACGACAGCAUUAAUAGGAGUCACAGAGACUGAAGAUUUUAGCAAGGAGUUAAUCUGUUUCGAUAGUUGACACGGGUGUGUCCAGGGACCUUCAGGAGAAAGAAGUAAUGAAAAUUAAACCUGGAUCAUGUGGCUAUUGAAAGUGGUUUUCAGUUUUAAAUCUGAUUGUUACCUGUUGAAAUCCAAUCUGAAAGUGUUGUAGCUGUUGAAAUGAAUUGACUUUUGCCUCAAGGAAUAAGCUAAAUUUAAAAUGCAUAUUUACAUCUACAUGUAUUUGAAAGCAUCUGAAUGCUCUAAAAGUGUUGUAAUGCAGUGUGAAGACUGACAUUUAAUUUCCUCUCCUCACACGACUAACAUCCUUUGUGCCAUUUGGAUUGUUUUGUGUCUCUGAAUAUUGUUUGUUGCCUCAUGCAAGAUAAAAGAAAAUCUUAAAAAAAAGAAACUAUUCUAAGAGAAAAAAAAUAAAAGCUAUUUUGUAUCUGUAAGACCUUAAAUAAAUCUUUUCGUGUGUAAGUGCUGCAAAUA